CGCGCGGAGAGGAAGACAGGUCUGAGAGCUGCGGAAGCCGGGAGUCCUGCAGCGCCUGAGUGUUCGUGGUGCCUAGCGGGUUCAGGAGCUAAGUGCAGAAAAUGGGUGAACUACCCUUAGAUAUCAAUAUCCAAGAGCCUCGCUGGGACCAAAGCACGUUCCUGGGCAGAGCCCGGCAUUUCUUCACUGUUACUGAUCCUCGGAACCUCCUACUGUCCGGGGCACAGCUGGAAGCUUCCCGGAACAUCGUACAGAACUACAGGGCUGGCGUGCUCACUCCGGGGCUCACCGAAGACCAGCUGUGGAGGGCCAAAUAUGUGUAUGACUCUGCUUUCCACCCAGACACGGGAGAGAAGGUGGUCUUGAUUGGUCGCAUGUCGGCCCAGGUGCCCAUGAACAUGACCAUCACUGGCUGCAUGCUCACCUUCUAUAGGAAGACGCCAACUGUGGUAUUCUGGCAGUGGGUCAAUCAGUCCUUCAAUGCCAUUGUCAACUACUCCAACCGCAGUGGUGAUGCUCCCAUCACUAUGGGGCAGCUGGGAACAGCCUAUGUGAGCGCUACCACUGGGGCAGUAGCCACAGCUCUGGGACUCAAGUCCCUCACAAAGCACCUGCCUGCUUUGGUGGGCAGAUUCGUGCCCUUUGCGGCUGUGGCAGCCGCCAACUGCAUCAACAUCCCCCUGAUGCGGCAGAGGGAGCUGCAGGUGGGCAUCCCGGUAACUGAUGAGGCAGGGCAGAGGCUUGGGCACUCAGUGACUGCAGCCAAGCAGGGCAUCUUCCAAGUGGUGGUGUCGAGAAUUUGCAUGGCCAUCCCUGCCAUGGCCAUCCCCCCUGUGAUUAUGAACACUCUGGAAAAGAAAGACUUCCUGAAGCGUCGGCCCUGGCUGGGGGCGCCUCUGCAGGUGGGAUUGGUGGGCUUCUGCCUGGUCUUCGCCACACCCCUGUGCUGUGCCCUGUUUCCCCAGAGGAGCUCCAUACAAGUCAGCAGGCUGGAGCCGGAGCUGAGAGCUCAGAUCAGCGAGCAAGCGCCCAGCAUCCAAGUGGUUUACUACAACAAGGGGCUCUGAGGGCAGGGAUGGGGUCAGCCUGCCUCAUUCCUCACUGCCCCAGGCUACUGCUUUCCCAGCACCUUGCUAUCCCUGCCACUUGCCUAGCUGUCUAGUACAGGAUGGGAGGCCGGGGUGGGUGGGUUGGAGGAGCAGCCAGACACCAGCAACCCAUUAGGCUGGGGGAGGUGCUCACAAAAACCCCUUUGUCUCCUGUCUGGUUUCAGAGUGCCAGGCCCCAUAGCUCCUCCUCCCCGUGCUUGUAUAUCCAUGUCUACAUCCAAGAUAGUCUAUGUGCUUGAGCACUUGGUCCUGGAAGCCAGCAGUAGGCAUCCUCUCUGGGGACCGAGGGCACCAAGAGACCAAAGUUGAAUCCUUCAAGUUUCUGAGACUUGGCUCCCAAAGCCGACUCUGGGAAUGGGCUGGCAUAGGAAGCCACAUUGGGGUGAGGGAGGCAGGGGCACUCCCACACCUGGGGACAGCUCUGCAUGCCUCUUCUGUACUAGAGCAAAGCAGUGCCAGCAGCCUCUGCUGUCCUUGCUGUGUGGCAUCCUUAAGUGCCACCCGACAAGUCCUUGAUCUGCAUUGACUCCAUGACCAGCAAGUUGGAAUCCUAUAAUUCCAACUCUUUCUCCAACCCUCCAGGAAAAAGUAUUUCCCUUGAAGAGCUGCCACCACACCCUCUCACAGAGGGACACAGCUGUGGGCAUGGUGCUC